AUGGUGACACGAAGCGAGCUCAUGCAAGGCUUUGCGCUUUUCUGGCACGAGCAGCGCUUCCAUCUGUUUCAGCAGUUCGUACAUGUGCCCAUCGGCGUGCUCUUCCUCGUCAUCUGCGCAUGGGCACUCGAACAGGCCAUCGUCAUCUCGUUUCCCGCACCUGUCAUACUGGCGGCUCUCUUCUUCGCGCUGCUGCUCCUGCUCGAUUACCUAUCGCCACGCCGAGCGAUGGUAAAGAACAAUGAUGGCAAGCUCGAACGUCCUCGCUUCGCCAAACCGCUCGUCGAUUACCCACUGUACUUGCUAGCACCGCCUUGUGAUUGUCUCCUGCGAAACAUGUCACUCUUCUUCACUGGGAGCUUCAUCAGUAUACCCAAGCGUGACCAGCUGCCUUUGGAGCAGAUCGGCCUGCUCACAGCAGGCUUCCUCUUGACGCUCGUGCUCGCUUGGCCCUUCACAGUCCUCUGGUACCGCAUUGUAUCGCGAGUGCCCAUCGGCUGUCUACAAGAUCCGCCUCGCAGGCAGAGGCAGACGGGUCAGGAUGGCGACCCGGAAAAGGGCCUCUCGACGCAGACAUCGGACGAAGACGACGACGAUGACGAACGAGAGCAGGAAGAGAUUGAUCGCGAAUUCGGUCAGCUCUCUGCCGAUGCACCCCAGGGUCGCCUCCAUCGCGACAUUAUCGUCUUUCGAGGCGAGCUCUACCACGCUAAGUCGGUCGACCUGCCCCAACCGGCGGGCCACGUACAGCCCCCACCUCGCCUCCACCGAGCAAAGACCGAGCGACCUAGCAUGAUCUGGAGCCCGAGCUGGCUGAGAAACCCUUUCGCAUUGCCAUCUGAUCCUAUCGAUGAAAGCAAGCAGGCGAUGCCUCCAGGAUCACCCAGCGAUCCCACUCUCAGUCGUUCGGCGAGCGAACCCAACAUGCGCGCUGCUGCGAACUCGAGCACGGCUGCUGGCACGCCAGACACCCAGGGCAAUAAUUCGACCAGAAGGCCCUCCCAAGUCACGCUGGCUAUACCGGAGCUCGACAAGAGGCUGAGCAGCAGUCAAGCGUCGCCGUCCGCAAGCCCGACGACUUAUCUGACGAUCGGCAAUGAAGUUCUAGCUCUCAAACGUAUCGAAUCAAAUGAGCAAGAAACGAAACUCGCCGGCUUGUCUGAACGCCGCCGUUCUGAUGUACAGUCUCUGCUCAACCAACGCGCAGGCGCACAGCCGAUCUCCAACGAUAAGAUCAUCGAUGCAGAGGACGCAGAUGGCAUUCAGAUCCGACGCGUAGCUCAGCUCUUCGGCGACUUGGUAGAUCCACUUGUCUUCGCCAGUCUCAUCGUGAUUGGCCUGCCCCUCUACUACGCAGCGAACUUCCGAGGCAACGAGCUACCUCUCUUUAUCGGACUGAACGCCGGCUCAUACCUCCUGGCCAUUCGCCUGAUACCGCCCAAGAUGACGAGAAUCUUCCAUCCGAUACUCGUCAGCGCAGCCUUGACCUUUGUCUCGAUAUGGGCUCUAGGUGCGAUACGUAGCGAAGGCUUGCAGACGACCCUCUCGCGCUAUCAGCGCCGGACGACAGUAGCCGACCUAUUCUCUCCGACAGAGUGGCGGGAUACGCCAGAUAUAAGCCGAGUUCCCGGCAUGGGUGAUCUCCUGGUCAUCCUGCUCGAGGCAGGUAUCAUCGCACUUAUGAUGCCACUGUACCGCUAUCGUCGCGAUCUCAAGAAGUACAGCGUUAAGUUCAUCGUCCUCAUACUACCAAACUGCGCCCUUGCGCUCUUCCUCUGGCCCUUGCUUGCUCGUGCGAUUGGCUUGCCGCUAGCAAUAGCAGCCGCUUUCGCCGGCAAAUUUACUAGCACUCCAUUGGGCAUCGAGAUUGCUGCUGCACUUGGCGCGGACCAGGGAAUCGAAGUUGUCAUCAUCGUGGUAGUGGGCAUCGUCGUCGUGUUGCUCUCCCCACUCGCAUUACCGCUCAUGGGCGUCAAGAAGCACGAGCAUCUGCUCAUUGGCAGCAGCACGGGCUGUCUAGCCGGAGCAAUCGGCGCCUCUGCGCUCUUAAGCAAAGGCAGCCCGCGCCAAUUCGCACUCGCCUCGCUCACUUUCGUCAUUUACGGCACAGUCAUACUGAUCUGCGUUUCGAUUCCUCCUGUGGCCGAUUUCAUCGGCAAGGUUGCAGGCGUAUAG